AAGAGCUUGCUUGCAAGGACACAGGGACCAGCUCUCUCAGAGCAGGAAGAUGGUCCCCACCCAGAAACCUCCGGAGCCCUGAGUCGUGCCAGGAGCUCCCCAUUUCACCCCACCCGCACCGCCUCUGCUGUCACUCACGGCCACUGCCUGCUGGCUCCCUGGUGCGCUCCGCGCCACAGGCACCUGCUCGCCGGGCGCUGGACGCUCAGUUCUUGCUCCCACACUGCGGACUCCUAGUCUUCACUGUCACUUGGCCUUGCUGCUGGCCGGACACAGCACUCCGCCCUUCUCGCAGUUCCCAGGAGCCCACCCACCCGCCAUGGCCCGGGUCUGGACCAAAGAGUGCUGUGGCUCGUGGCCCAAACCUGGGUCUGCGCGCCGCGGCUGAGCGCCCACUCGCCUUGCGGAGUGAGCGGCGGAGAAACCGGUGGGGGCGGCGGCGGGAGAGCUCCGCGGGAGUCGGAGGAGGUGGCAGUCGGGAGCCCAGCCAGAAGGAGACCAGGAGGCAGACGCUGGUGCCUCUCAGGCGCUCACUUCCUUCUCCAAGGAUGGGUAGUGGCACAGUCCGGCCGUUGCCCGGCCCGCGGGCCAGAGACUGAACUGCAGAUCCCCAUUCUCCUGUGGACCACCGGACUGAAGGAGGUACCGACCGAAGGAUCCUUCUGGAGGGACCAGGUCUCCUGCGUCCCCCGCGUAGCGCCCCCCGCCGGAGCCGCGCCGGGCCAGCCGGCAAGGAAGCCGGGCUGAUUGGCGGCCGCCGGCGGCCAAGGGAGGGGGCGCCGUGCGGGGCCAUGGCAGGCUCCGAGGCGUCCUAGCCGGAGCUCGAGCCGGAGCCAAGCCCAAGCUGCUGCCGCCGCCGCCUCUCCGCGCCGGGCCCCCGCCGCCGCCGCAACCCUGCGGGAGAUGGAACAGCGGAACCGGCUCGGCGCCCUCGGAUACCUGCUACCUCUGCUACUGCACAGCCUGCUGCUCUCCGUCGCCGACGCCACAUUCACGGAAGUCCCCAAAGAUGUAACCGUGCGGGAAGGUGACGAUAUCGAAAUGCCCUGCGCGUUCAGGGCAAGCGGAGCCACCUCGUACUCACUGGAGAUUCAGUGGUGGUACCUCAAGGAGCCACCCCGGGAGCUGUUACACGAGCUGGCGCUCAGCGUGCCAGGUGCCCGGAGCAAGGUAACAAAUAAGGAUGCAACUAAAAUCAGCACCGUGCGUGUCCAGGGCAAUGACAUCUCACACCGGCUUCGGCUGUCCGCCGUACGAUUGCAGGACGAAGGUGUUUAUGAGUGUCGUGUUUCGGACUACAGCGACGAUGACACUCAGGAGCACAAGGCCCAGGCAUUGCUGCGUGUGCUAUCGCGCUUCACGCCGCCCAACAUGCAAGCGGCAGAGGCCGUGUCCCACAUUCAGAGCAGCGGCCCGCGUCGCCACGGAGCCUCCAGUGCUGUCAGCUCUAACAACGCAGGCGCUGCUCUCCUCACCACCUCCGAAACCAGCCACGACGACAAGAACCCACUUCCUGCGAGUCCUCCCUCUGGAUCAGGAGUUCCCGAGGCCGCCGCCGCCGCUGCCGCCUCCGCGACCCACAAAGCCACCACAACGGCUUCUGCAGCUGCUGCUUCCUCGUCAGCGUCCCCGCCAUCCGGGCAGGCUGUCCUUCUGCGCCAGAGGCACGGCUCAGGUACCGGCCCAGGCUACAGUGCAGACCCUCUGCUCUCUCUGCUCUUGUUAGCACUACAUAAGUUCCUGCACCCUCUCCUGGGGCACUGACAGCCGUAACACCUCAGCAGGCAACCUGGGAGGACACCUUGCCACAUGGACACAGGGACUAAGGGAAGCAUGAAGAAGUCCAUGCAAAACUAAAUAAAUCAUAUUUUUGGGGAAGUAACACAGAUCUAGAAGACUUAAAAUUAUGCAUCAAGUUUCCAAAUAGGAUGGGGUGCAGGCCGUGCGGUGUGCAUGGGGCGCCAAGUUCUUCACGGCAAUGUAUUUUUCUUUCCUCCACAUUCCCUCCGAAUCUUCAUUUUGCACGAACUGUUAAGCAGGUACUGAGGAUAGUAUGUAAAAAAUGUUGGGUCAAAGCCUUUCUGACAAAGUAAAAUAUUUUUAGGAGAUUAUUGUGUUUAGAAAAAAAAUUUUUUUUUGAAUUUACAUUUUCUUUGGGGGAUUUUUCCUUUUUUAUUAAAUUAUUUCUUUGGAGACACUUUGAUUAAAAAGAAACAUCAUAGUUCAAAUUCACUGUCAAUAAUAUUUAUUUUUAAAUAAAAAUUGGAAACAAGGAUAUACAGUUGUUUAUAAACUGUAUUGUAUAUUGCUGAAUAAUAGUUGGAUUAAAAGAGAAAACUUUUCAAUAGACUUUCUACAGCCAUGUAUGACGGACUGAGCUUCAGUGCCUGUUGCAGCCAGACACUGUGACCUCCUUUUCUCAGACAGCAUCUGAUUGGCCCCUGGCAUGGAGGGCAGCUCAGGACACCUGACUGGGCCAUGGAGAGCAUCUGCCCAGCCUGUCAAGGGAUAGUAGGCUUUCUAGAGGCAGGGAUGAAUACUGCUACUGCAGUCAAAGCUACUGUCUGAGUCAAGAGCGAGCCUUCCCCUCUGGCCUUCAGUAGAUCUGCCACGCACUUAUCUGCUGUGAGCUUAUAGACCACCCUGUACUGCUCCUACCUUUACUGAUCCUCAAAAAGGGAGUUUGGAUAGAUGGCUAGUCUCCUGUACUCUCUUACCUUGAACCUACAGAUGGCUUCUAGCCUCUGAUAUGUGAGUUUGGGAUAGGCUGCCUAUAUCAGAGAUACUAAUAGGCCCUAGUAGCUAGUUAUUCUUCAUUUCAUGACAACUCCAUUAAAUACCCAGACUUGUGGUUUGUUUAAAAUAUAGCCAGACUCUUAUAACUAUUGUUUGUUUAAGGGAUUCUGUUUUAGUUUUGGAUUGGUUUAUUUGAAUGCCAUGUUUUUCUUUAAUGAGAUCGAAUGCAAUAACCUAGGCUCCCCUGAAAUUCCUACGUAGCACAGGGCAUUCCUGAAUUUAUAAGCCUCUUCUGCCGCCUCAGUCUCCUAAAUUCUGGGAGGAUGAGCGUGAGGCACUGUGUCUGACUUAACCUAUGUUUCCAGGAUGGGUGGUUGUCAGCGCUGCUCACCAAAUGCUUCCUUUCUUCUCUGACUAAGUAUGUGUUAUGACUACGCUUUCUAUCAUCUAAGGGCUGGUGGGCCCACUGGAAGAACAGGUUAAAGACACUUGGUUGC